AUAUUGCAUUACCUGAUGACGAAAUUGUUGAACAUUCACUUGAAGAUAUCGAUACUUUGGAGCAGACUUUGUCUCACUUGAGUGAAAUUCCAACGAUAUCCAAGUCUUGCACAGAACAAAGUAUGAGAAAAGUAAGUUUGGAACAGAAGCCACGCUAUAUUUCUCUACCUAAACAUCAUGAUAGAGUAGAAAUUCCUAGGAUAAGCCCUCUGCAUGACUCUGAUACCUUAACCAGAGACAACUGGCGUAAUAAAGAAACAAUAAGUCACGUCAAUUUCAGUAUGUCAUCUGAUGAAAUGGGAGAAAAUUCGGUUUUGAAUCAAUGUGAAUCACCAUUAAUGUUACGCACUGGGAGUAUGAUGCCUGGGAUCACCCUUGAUGGAGAAGUUUUCCAGCUCAGCAAAACAGAGAUUUUUGAUGCGAUUAUACAUAUACUUUCUUGCAGUGCCUUGGAUAAUCCAAACUACUUGACAAUAAUCAAAGAUUCGCCAAAUGGAACCUUACAAUUUAUUCUCCAUUUCAUUGAAAAAAAAUCGUGUGAACAAAUCUACAAAGAGCGAGCUGUUUUAUUGAAAUGUUUGUACUCUUCAAAUAUGUGCAGUGAAAAACAGAAGAGCAAUGAUGUACACAUGAUUAAUCUGACUGGAACAUUGUCAACUACUUGGGAAACUUGUUUGGAUAACGAACCCAGCCUAUACUGUGCUUACGAAUGUGAAUUGUGUGGAAGUUACAUCACAUUGCUGCCUGUGUUGACAGUUGAUACUAACUUAAUUCUCCGAAAAGGUUUCGAGGCAUUGAAUGAAGGACUCCAUUUUUACCACUAUUUAACAAAGGUCAAAUGUCAGCAGGAAGGUUGUCCUGAAAUGUGUACCGUGACUGCCUAUCCAAAUUUUCAUAUAUGCAUCUAUUUGGACGUCAGAAGAAAUGAUCGCUCCCACACAAAAAUCCAAUGUAAGCUGCAGAAUUUCCCCAAAACAUUGGAAUUGAAGAGUCUACCAGGACAAUAUAGAUUACAAGGGAUUGUCUCUGAAAGCUCUGACCGCACUGUGGCUUAUUGCUUGAGAGCCGAAGAUCACUGGGAAUUAUAUGACGGUUACUCCAUGAUAGUUGAAACCUUCGAUUCUUCAGGAGUAAUUAAUCCUUGUGGUGCGAUAUACAUACGUACCUGAUUAUUUCGAAAAAAUUCAUAAUUCUCAAUCCAACACAUGUUUUUCUCACUCGGAAACUGAAACGUGAUGUUCUUGGAAUCGGGCAUCGUAAUAAUACCUCGUGGAUCGGGUGAAAUCAGGAACGGUUUUAUUUGUUGUUGAUCCUCGAUUACUAUAAGACUGAAUCUCUCAAGUAUUCACCAUAUAAAGUUUUAUACAUAUUGUUUUUUUCUUUGUAUCUUUUUUUCAUGUUCGACCGAUUUGAGAUAUCAAUUUGUUGCUAAUAGUUCUCUUAUUCGUACUGUUUUUCGAGAACCAAAUUUUCAUGCUGUGAUAAUAGCUUUGGUAUUAUUAUAUUUUUAUGAAAAAUCGGACUAUAACUGAAGUCUCCAAUUUUAUUUGUUACCUUUUUAGUAAGUGAUCACUAUUCUACCCGGUGGAAAAAGUAUAAUUAGACUAGUCAUUAAGGACAGUAUUUUGAAAUAUAGGUCUACAAACUAGUUCACUGCCUUUGUAUUGAAUUCACUGUAUCUUUAUACUCAAAAUUAUUUUAUAACGAUCAGUGUGCAGAUAACCGUGACUGAUUAGUAGAUCUAUGUUAUUCUAUUUCUAGAGAUAAUACUAUAGUAUAUGUUUCACAAAGGCACCAGAUAGAUGACCUAUGCUUGUUCUGAAUUUUUUGUAUAAUUCUCUUGAGUUUCAAACUAAAUUCUCGUAUUCAUCUUAUAAAUAUUAUUCAAUGAACAACGAAUGCAUUGGCAGAGACUUAUGCUCAUAAUUUAUAAAUGUAGGUAGAGAGAGUUUGUGACUCUCUUUGAUCUCUACUAGUCCGAUCAGAUUAUUUUUGCGAACAAAAAAAGGCCAUUUUCGGUAGAUUUUUAUCACGCUAAAGAGCAAAGAGCCAUCUCUACCCAUAUUUAUGAAUUAUAAGUCAUAUUCAAAAUCAGAAGGCUUAAUAAUAGGUACAGGUUCAGGAAUUGGGCCAAUUAUGUUAUGAGAUCACUAUGACUGUUAAAUGUAGCUGUAACUAUGUAUGUGGCAGCAGAGUACAAAUUAACUCUAAGAAAACAAAAUAAGCAGAAAAAACGGGACCACUAUGACUGUUAAAUGUAACUAUAGACUGGUUACAGUACAAAUUAGACUUAAGAAAAUCGAAUAACGAACAGAAGAAGAAAUCUGAUCAUAUGAUAAGAAGAAAAUAUAUUAAUUUCAAAAGUCAAA